AUGGCAGAAAUACAGACAAGCGAGCUAAAGCUUGAAGGAACCGCACAUGGGCACUUGGAAAGAUUCGGACAACGGGAUCUUGAUGCAGUGAUCAAUCAUAUCAGGAGACCGACCGGCAAAUACGCAUUCGUUCGUUGUAUCGAUAAUCGUCCCAUACCAAUAUCGGUCGGUAUUCUCCUGGACCCCGACUGCAAACGCCGGCCGAAAACUACCGACCGCGGGUCCGUGACUGAGAAAUUUGUCAAAAUUUCCUUCCUUUUUCUUAUCCGUCAAUGGGCCGAGACCCGACUUCUGAACGGACAUUGCCCCAAAUUAAAAUCGGCCGAGUCAAUAAACCAAACACGGAAAGCAAAGUUCGAUGGACCUGAAUUAGGUGGGACCACGGCGGACUUCGCAAAGAUUGAACCCGCUGUGGGAACCAAGGCUUCAGCCCAAGUACAGUACGCAAGAAAGGAUGGUGACAAUUGGGUUGACAGUAUCCUCGAUCCCAUGCUACCUAUUAUGGCGGCUCGCUCGGAUGUCGUCGCAUUGACCGCCUCUGUAUUGGGCUUCCAAACCAGGCUUUUAUUGGCAUCAUGA